GAACUCCAGUCCCAGAACUCCGACCUUCAACGGGAGCUGGGAAACCUUAAGAAAGAACUGGAACUGACCAACCAGAAACUGGGCUCCAGUAUGCACAGCAUAAAGACCUUCUGGAGCCCAGAGCUGAAGAAGGAGAGGGCGCUGAGGAAAGAGGAGAGCGCGAAGUACAGCCUCAUCAACGACCAGCUCAAACUGCUCAACCAGGAAAACCAGAAACAAGCAAUGCUCGUCAGACAAUUGGAAGAAGAACUAAGAUUGCGCAUGCGACAGCCGGCGCCGGAGUUGCAGCAACAACUAGAAGCGCUUUACGCGGAGAACGAACACCUGCAGAGGGAGAUAGCUAUAUUGAGGGACACUAUUAAGGAACUAGAGCUACGGAUCGAAACACAAAAGCAAACCUUACAAGCUCGAGAUGAAAGCAUCAAAAAGUUGCUCGAAAUGCUACAGAAUAAGGGGAUGGGUACGUCGUUACUAUGGAAAGAGGAAGAAAGGCAAAUGUUCCAACAAAUGCAGGCCAUGGCGCAAAAACAGGAGCUCAAGGCGACGGCGGACACGCUGCGGGCGCUGCAGACGCAGCUGGAGCGCGCGCUGGCGGCUGCCGGGCUGCCGGGCGGCAGCGCGGGCGCCACGCUGACGGCCGUGCUCGAGACCAAGGAGGCGCGCAUCGCCACCCUGGAGCGCCAGGUCGCCUUGCUCGAGAGCGAGCUGGCCGCGUACGUGUCGCCGCCGCCGCCCUCGCUCGCGCCCUCGCACGCCUCGCUUUACGAUAAGGCCGACCCUCCCUUCAAGAGACAAUUGGAUGAGUUCCGAUUGGAGAUUCAGCGGCGGGACCAGGAGAUCCUGGCGAUGGCGGCGAAGAUGAAGGCCUUGGAGGAGCAGCACCAGGACUACCAGCGUCACAUCGCCGUGCUGAAGGAGUCUCUGUGCGCCAAGGAGGAGCAUUACAGCAUGCUGCAGACAGACGUGGAGGAACUAAAAGCGCGCCUCGACGAGAAGAGCAGAGUGGUUGAGAAGAAGACUGCGGCGGCCUUGGCGGCUGCGCACGAGUUGGCCGAGCUGCGAGACCAUUCAGAGAUCAAGGAUCGGAAGAUCAACGUGCUGCAGAGAAAGAUCGAAAACCUCGAAGAUCUCCUCAAAGAAAAGGACAACCAAGUAGACAUGGCGCGAGCUAGACUCAACGCCAUGCAAGCCCACCACUGUUCCUCUGAAGGCGCCCUAUCAUCCUUAGAAGAAGUCAUCGGAGAUAAAGAGAAGCAAAUACAGCAACUGAGAGAGCAACGCGACAGAGCGGAACACGAGAAGACCGAAGAAAGAGAGCUACACGAGAGAGAGCUAGCUGAGUAUAAGAUGAAACUGCACGCCCUUGAAAGUGAAGUCGAAAAACUUGGUGCGAGACUCGAGAGAGCUUCGGCUGAGAAGGAUAGGCUUGAAGCUAAACUGGAGAGUUCUCAAUCUGAGCUAGGGAAAUCUAAAGCAGAGCUAGAUAAGGCUGCAAGUGAAGUGGGUCGAUCUGGUGCUGAUUGGGAAGCAGCGAAGCAGCGGCUGGCGAGACUUGAGCUCGAGAACGAGAGACUUAAGCACGAGCUCGAAAGAUCGCAGACUACGUUUGGAAGAAGCACGUUGACUACCUCACAGGAACUAGACAGGGUGCAAGAGAAGGCUGAUAAGAAUGCAGCAGAGUUGAGACGAACUUUGGCCGAGCUGAGAGUGACUCAAGCGGAUGCGGAGAGAGCCAGGUCUGAGGCUAGCGGACUUCAGGACAAGUUGGAGAAGUCUCAAGGCGAAGUGUACCGUCUGAAGGCCAAGCUUGAGAAUGCACAAACUGAACAAGACAGUCUCAAGGAAGAAUAUGACCGACUCCAAUCAUCAAUAAGCCGCCUGCACUCCGAGCGAGACAAGGCCAUAGCCGAGCUGGACAAAGCUAGGGAGGAGCUGGAACGAACCCAGGCAACUCUGGGCAAGGCCCAACUGCAGCAGGACAAACUGCAGGCCUCGCUCGACUCCGCGCACUCCGAAAUCGACAAGGUCCAGGAGAAGCUGGAUAAGGCUGCUGUUGAGAAUAGAAAGCUGCAAGUGGACCGCGAGAAGCAAGCGUACGACUUCGAGUCCCUCCAGUCCCAGUUAGACAAGGCUUUGGGACAGGCAGCGCGUCUCCAGAAGGAACGGGACACGGCCCAGUUGGACGCCGACCGGUUCCGGGACAAGCAUGAUAAGGCUCAAGCCCUCGUAGCUCGCAUCCAAAAAGAAAGAGACGCCGCUCUUGCCGAAGCUGCCAGCUGCCGCGAGAGAGCCGAAGCUGCCGCUGCUGCCGCGAACAGGGCAGCCAGGGACCGAGACAGUGCGGCCACUGAGCUGGACGUGCUGAGGGAGAGAUGGGAGAAGGCGCACCAGCAGCACCAGAAACUUACUAUGGAGCGAGAUGAUGCUUUGACGGAGCUAGAAAUAUUGAAGGAGAAACUCGACAAGGCCCUGUACUCCACUCAGAAGACCAUCGAGGAGAAAGAGACCGCGCACAAAGAAUACGAAAAAAUGCUCGAAAAGUAUGAUAGGUCUCAGAACGAAAUCUACCGACUGCAAAACAAGAUAGACAUUCUGGAAGCCGACAAAGACCGCAUCGAACUCGAACUGGAAAAACAAGUACACUUAUCCACGAAAUCGAGGGAAGACCAGAGAAAGUUACAAGACGAACUGGCUAGAUUACAGGAAAUGUACGACAGGGCAUCGUUGCAACUGGGCAGGACCAAAGAACAGGAAGAAAAAGCUAAGGAAGACAUGGACAGACUGCAUGUUGAUAUCGAAAUGGUUCGCGAACGGUAUGAGAAGAGUCAGAUCGAGUUGAGAAGGCUCCAAGCCGAGAAGGAGAAGUUGGUUGCAGAUAACGAACGGUUGCAAUUUGAGUAUGACCGAGCUAUGACACAGUGUGGUAAAGCGCAGGCGUCAAAUGAGAAGACUCAAGAAGAAAUGGCCAGAGUUCAGAUCGAGCUUGAAAAGAUGUACGAUAAACAUGACAAAGUGUCGGCGGAGAUGAGAAGAGUGCAAGCGGAAUUGGAUAAGGUGAAGCAAGAUGCAAGCGGGGCGAGAGAAGAGGCGGAGAGGUACGCGGCGCGCUACGGAAAGUACCACGAUACGAAGGAAGAGCAUGAGAGGACUAAACUGGAGGUGGAGCGCCUUCGCACGCGGCUAGAGAAGACCACGCUUGAGCUGGAGCGAGCGAGGAAGGCCGACGAGGAGGUUGUGCGGCUGCGCUCUGAGUUGGAACGCGUCGAGGGCCUCCGAGGUAAAUACCAAUUUGAACAGGACAAGUGGACUAACGAACUGAACCGAAUGCAGGCGGAACUCGACAAAUUCCGCGAACGCUUCGAGGCGUCGCAGGCCGAAGUCCAGCGCAUGCAAGCCGAAAAGGAACAAGCAGAGACGAAACUCCACGAACUGAAUAUACAACUGGAGUUGUCGAAGAGCGAAGUGACGAAACUGAGUGGAGCGUUAGAGAAGCAGCGGACUGAUCUUGAACGCGCUCAUAUUGAGUGUGAAAAGUUCAGAGAUAGGUGUGAGAAGCUUAAGUUGCGGUCAGAGCAGCUGGAUAAAGACAAUGAAAGACUUAAGGGCGAGUUGCAACAGAUCGAAAGGAUGAAGUUGCAAGCGGUGGCCGGAGAUAAGGCGCGAACUGAGGAUCGACUAGAAAUCGAACGUCUUCGUGACAAACUCGAAAAAGCAAUUCAAGCGAGAGAUUCUACAGAAAUGGAAGCGGGUCGACUAGCAAAGGAACUUGAAAAGUCUCAGAUGCAUCUAGCUAAGUAUCAGGAAACAAACGAAACUACUCGAGUAGAGUACGACAGAAUGACGAACGAGUUAGGAAGAAUGCACGAGCGCCUUGAACGUACUAUUCUAGAAAUGAGACAGAUCGAACAAGAAAGAGAUGCACUGAGAGCAGAAAUACAGAACACGAGACGCAAUGUGGAGCAACAACAGAGAACAUUGGACCACCGAACACAGGAGACUCUAGUGAAACUUCAGCAAGAACUUGCCCAAUCGGUGCGAGACAGAGAAAAAAUGGCGUCUAUAUUAGAACAGCGGGAUAAACAGGCGGACGCAAUAGAAAAGCAAAUUGUGAAAUUGGAAGCGGACACAAAACAGUUGACCAUCGAACGCGAUCAACUCGUAGCUCAAUUAGAGAAGUCACAGGAUAUGCUUGUGAAUUUCCAGAGGGAACUGAACUCUUCGGAGGCGGAGUUGCAGAAGCAGCGUGAGGAGGUUCGCCGUCUCAAGGAGGAGCAGAGAAAGAUGGCGCAAGACACGGAGCGGGGUGCAAAGGCAGUCCUCGAGAACCGGGAGAGAGAGAUCGUUAAACUGCAGCAGCAAGUUCAAUCAGCGGCGAAAGAAAGAGACAUGAUCAGACAGCGAGCCGAAAAGGCGGAGAAAGAGGCUCAAAAGGUCGGCGAGCUUGAUAAAUGGCGAGCGGCAGUCGAAGCGGAGAAGAUGAAGGCGAUCGCAGCAGAGAAAGCGCUGUCGGAAUGCCAGCAGCGCUUGCAGAGUCUCGAGAAGCAGUUCCAUGCGCAACAGCAGCAGUUGCAGCAGCUUCAAGCGCGCGGGCCGUCGGACGUGCGCGAGGUUCAAAAGCAGCUGGAAGCGGCUCAAGGCGAGGCGCGCUCGCUGGCCACGGAGCGCGAGCGGUGCCAGGCGCAGCUGGAGAUGCUUGUGCAGGAGUUGGAAAAGAGCCAGCUCGAUCUGCACGAAGCGAACAAGAAAUUACAAGCGGCUGGCGCUCAGAACGCCAAAGCUGGGGAAGAUACAGCCCAAGCUAGAAGACAGCUGCAAGAAGAAUUCAAGAAAUUAGAAGACGCGAGAAAACAGUUUGAAGAUCAAAGAAGAACGGUUGAGAACAGAAGGAAAGAGAUAGAAGAGAAGGAGAAGUCGCUAACGGAAUUAGAUCGACAGUUAAAGAAGAGAAAAGAGCAAAUGGACCAAAUGGAAGCCUCUUUGAGGAAGGCCGGCGGCAGUACAGCAGCGGUAACUGACCUGAACCGCAAGCUGACAGACUCACAGAAGGACGCAGAGACCCUCAAACAACAGCUGGACCAGACGAAGGAGGAGGCCAAGCGCCUCACCACAGAGACCGAGCGGCUGCUGCAGUUAGUGCAGAUGUCACAGGAAGAACAGGCGCAGAAGGAGAAGCAGAUAAUGGACCUGCAACAAUCUGUGAGGAACCUUCAAGCCAAACUGAAAAGUCAGCAACAAGCACAAGCACAAAGAGAAGAGGAUUUGAGCAGAGCAAGGCAAAGUGAGAUUAUGGCUAUCAAUGAUCUGACGCAGACGUUGAGAGAUAAGGAUCAUUUGAAAUCUAGAUUGGAGGAAAAUAAGAUGAGGGUGAUAGAUCUAGAAAUAGAGCUGAAUGAAUCGUCGCUGAUAUUAUCCGAGCUACUGAAGAUCUCGAAAGGUCAGGAGCCGAGUAAUAUACAGAGAAGUAAAAGCUUUUUUGAGCUGCAGAAGAGUGGUAAGGUAGCAGAGAGGCUGGACAAAUGCAAAUUCAGCAAAAGCCAGAACGAUAUCGACGGCAUGCUGGAUAGAAACCAGAUGCCAAAUGUUCAGAAGCUGACCAGAAAAAUCAGUGAAAUGUCUAAAGAAAUAGCUGUGAAGAAUUCUAAGAUAAUAGAGCAACAGAGAUGUGUGUCCAUAUUAGAAGAGGCAUUGAGAGAAAAUAAUAACAUUGCAGAGUUUGAGCAGCUUCUGGCUGUGGUAAGAAGUAAAGAUGAAAGGAUAAAUGAACUGGAGCAGAUCAUUAACAAGAAAGCGGGGGUGACUAUAGCUGAUUACAAAGACAAAAGAAUAUUGGAGUUGGAAGACGCUUUGAAGGAAUCGUUUAUGAUUGCAGCCGAGAGAGAAAAGGUUUUCUAUGAAGAAGAACAAAGGCGUAUUGAAACUCUGCAAAAGAUGAAAAAGAUGGAGCAGCGGAUCCGAUCGCUGCAGAAUGCUUCAGCGAUGAGCUGCGAGACGUGCGCGCCGCUGCUGCAGCGCUUGCAGCGGCUGGAGGCGUCGGUGCACGACUCGAGGGCUAAGAGGGACGGCGUGCUGCGCACUUUAGCACGCCUUGUUCAGAACAUUCUAGAAGAACUGAUCACGGAGAAGGACAACCACAUCGCGGAGCUGGAGAUCAAGGGCGUGCUUGACGAGAGCGAGACGGCGAGAUGCGACGCGCUCAAGAACGAGCGGGACAGACUGCUCAAUAGGCUUAAGAUUGAGAAUGAGAGGAUAGUGGAACUGGAGCGCGAGGUGUACCAGGAGCCCACGCCGCCGCGGAGCCUGCUGCCGAUCGACCUGACGCUGGCCGACGGGCUGCUGGCCGACCACAAUGAGACGGACAUCCCAGCGACGGUUCUAUGAGGCCUCACAGCUAAGUCCAAACCGUGUAUGUGGCUUCUCACGCACACUCACCCUUCACCGCUACCUUACCUUCCAUUACCGCUUAUCACCUACAUAGACCGAACAAACAAUCCAAAAAAUAACCUAAAUAUACCCAAAACAACGCUUUUCACUCGCGCCGGAAACCGUUACGCGCCAUUUUGUCGUGGUAGCCAUUUUGAAUCGCAACCGGAAGUGAUUGACAGAUGUAACAGUCUCAAGAAUUGAUAAAAACGCGUUAACAAAAGCGUUGUGUACUAACAUCGUCGCCCAAGCUUGCAACUUCGUGAAACGGCGCCAUUUUCUCACUAAUCGUGCCAUAAGACCAAAGAUGGUUCAUUUUGUUAUUGUAAAUAAAUCUUGUUUUUAUUUUUA